AAUUUGAAUAAAAUUCUCCUUCUUCCCUCACGGCCUCGACGGAAGAAACCCUACUCUCUCUUUUCUCUUAAACCCUCUCUGCCUCGCCGGAAAAGCACAUUUCUUGCCUUGCUAACCACUUCUUUGCCGUGUAUGUUAUGGUGUGUUAUCUUGAGUGGUUGAAGCGUUAAACAUGGCACUUUGCCUCCCUCUUUCAUUCGGCAAUCCCAAACCAGUUGCUUCCCUAAGUUCCAGUUUCGUUCAUGGCGGAACAAAACCUUCAUCUUUUUCGAUCAACGAGAAAUUGAAAACGGAUAACCGUCUCCAAAAUGUCUCUGUUUCAAUUUCUUGUUCCUCUAUAAAACUUGUCCAUGACCGUGCACUCGAUAAGCAUGUUGUCAUGAAGUAUAGGGUUAGGUUUGUUCAAAAGUUAAAAACUUUACUUCUCUCUAAAUCGAAACAUUAUAUUCCAGUUCAUAUUCUGUGUAAAUGCCGUUCUUAUCUUGGUCUUCCCAAGCCUCGUUCUAUACUUUCUAUGAUUCAUAGAUAUCCAUCCAUUUUUGAACUCUUCAAUAUGUCAUGGCCUCCCAAACCACUCAAUGCUACCAAGUUACAUCCCAAACUCUGUGUUCGAUUGACCCCAGCUGCGGCUGCUGUUGCUGCUGAGGAACUGGCUUUUCAAUCUUCCAUUUCCAACAUGUUGGCUGCGAAACUGCAAAAGCUUCUUAUGCUAUCUUCUCGCCGCAAGUUACUUCUGUCCAAAUUGGUUCACUUUGCUCCACAUCUUGGUCUCCCUCCUAAUUUUAGGUCCAGGUUGUGCAAUGAUCAUCCGGAGAAAUUCAGGACUGUUGACACGCCCUAUGGCCGUGCACUUGAGCUUGUAUCUUGGGAUGUCAACUUGGCAAAGUGUUUGCCGCCUCGUGCAUCCCGUGAUCCUGGUUUCAUAGUUGAUCGUCCUUUGAAGUUCAAGCAAUUGAGGCUUCGAAAGGGGCUUAAUUUAAAGAGACGUCACCAGGAUUUCUUGCUGAGAUUUGAAGAAAUGCCAGAAGUUUGCCCCUAUAGGAAUCCUGCUGAGGCUUUUUCCAAGGAAUCGUUAGAGGCAGAAAAGAGAUCUUGUGCAGUAGUAAGGGAGAUUCUUGCAAUGACAAUUGAAAAGAGGACUUUAAUAGACCACUUGACUCAUUUCAGAAAGGACUUUGGCUUCCCAAACAAGUUGAGAGGGAUGAUAAUAAGGCACCCGGAAUUGUUUUAUGUGAGUUUGAAAGGGCAACGACAUUCAGUUUUCUUGGUGGAGGGGUUUGGUGAGAAGGGUGACUUAUUGGAGAAGGAAGAGAUUUUAUCCAUACAGGAUAAAUGGAUGGACUUGGCUAGGGAGUCCAAGAGAAUGAGACGAGAGAGAAGGAAGAGUAGGUUUAGGAAAGAUAUUGGCAGCUUGAAUGAAGCUGAUCAAAAUAAUUCUGACAGUGAUGAUGAUUACGAUGAUAAUAUUGGGAUCGACAAUUUUGAGAAUCUGUAUGAUGAUGGUUUUGAGAAUAUAUUUGAGGAAUUGGAUUUCGAGGCUGAGGAUGAUGAUGAUGAUCAAGGAGACAAGAUUUUCUCCCAAAGCAAUUAUGGAGAAUUCUGGACUGCGGAACCUUUUCCUAUUCAACAUGGUUUGGAUGAACCUCAGAUGCAGCCUUGGUAGUUUUUAAUUUGUAGAACAUAGUUUUUUCCCACACAAGUAAAGCAGUAAAGUUUUCAAAUGGUAAUUUAUGGUUCCAGAUUGCAUCCACCGUACCAUGAUUGGGAGCCUGAUCCAUGCUUUACUAUUUACUAUAUUAAUUGAAAGACAAUUCGGUGUAAGAUUGUGUACAUAUGAUAAAGUUGAAGCAAAAGUUGAAGCUCAAAGAGGGGUUAACUAAAGAAA